CUUCCGCCUCGCGCGAGAGCCCGUCGCGGGCGUAGCCGGUCUCGCUUCCGGUCUGAGGGGCUACGCUGCCCAGGGCUCCCGUUGUCUAGGGCUCAGGUUUCUGUGUGGUUCCCAUCACCAGAGCCUCUCUCUUCCUGCAGCUCCAGGUCUGCCUAUAAGAGGAUGUCAGAGAGCUCAGCCAUCCUGGUCCUUCAUCAGUCCCUGCAAAAGUGCUUCCAGGCCAUACAGCAGCAGCAAGAGGCUUGGCAGACGGCGCUGACCGACUGUAAGCCUCUUCUGAGCUCCCUUAGCAAUCUGGCGGAGCAGAUGCAGGCCUGCCAGAAGGUCACAUUUGCACAUACACCACUGCGAGGCUUCCCGGAUCUGGAAGAGCAGUUAAAGUACAAGCAGCGCUGUGCAGCAGAGACCCUGCUGGAAGAACUGGGGGGCAAAGUAGCUGACUUGCAGAAAGUGCGGGAUGUAGUUAGUGGCUACGUGGGCACUGUUUCCCAACUCUAUGAGCAGCAUGCGGAUGUGCUAGGUUUUGAGGCUUUGGUGCAGCGUACUGCUCUUAUCCCUUCGCUGGCUGACAUGUUGGAAUGGCUGCAUGAUAUUGAGAGAUAUUACCGACAUGUAUACCUGGAGAGUAAACUCCUCCUCCUCCAAAUCAGAUAUGAGAACUUGCCAGACAUGCAAACCCUGCCGCAGUCCUGGGAGAGGAUUUUGGAGCACAAUAGCCGAAACAUGGUUCAAGACACUCUUCUGAAGGUCUCCUUUCUGGAGACUCUGUGAGGGGCUCUAUUGCUAACCAGCUUGCAGAGAAAACACCAGAGGAUUUGUAUGGAAUGAUUAGUUUUGGGUGCCCAGGAUAAUACCUGUUCAGGAUACCCAUGAAGAAGCUGGAUUUGCUGAAUGAGCUAGCCCAGUGCAGGGGUUUCCCUGGCUCUCUGCUAUGAGCUAAGUUGUCUAUUAAAAGUCAAACAAGCCUGGCACCCAAUGUGAGUGGCCCUGCUGCUUCCUUGGCUUAUGAAAGUGGACUUGAUGGAGCAGCUGAAACAGUGGCUGGGCUCAUAAACUGAAGAUAAGUGGAAAAUGACAGAUGUGGACUUUCUUCCUUAGCUCGGGGAGAGCUGCCAGCAGCAGCACUUGUGGACUUUUUGUAUGCUAAAGGAAAUAUAUUUUUUUAAUAAAAAAUGUGUCUGAGUAUUUGUGGUUAAUUGCACACUGCAGUUAUUCCCCAGGUAGCUAAAUAAAUGUUGGAGCAAAAACUUCCACUUAAAAAU